AUGAGUGUGACCCUCUCGCAGGCCAAUAUUAACCCAUGUGCAUUCAAUACUGCUCUUGCAUCAAAUAAGAACAACAUCACAGUAAUUUACCUUCUGGGGUUCCAUGACAUGGACAGAUUUAAUGUAUUGCUCUUCAUCUUGCUGCUCAUCAUUUACUGUGUGACAAUAUUAGGCAACUCCUUGAUCAUCACACUGGUGGCCUUCAGCAAGAACCUCCACUCUCCCAUGUACUUCUUCCUCACCCAACUCUCCAUAGCUGACAUCUUGCUGACCACAAAUAUUUCCCCCGUCACGCUAAAUAUUAUACUACAUCCCCAGACCUCCAUAUCUUUUCCUGAAUGCAUAACUCAGCUUUAUUUUUUCAUUCUAAUUGAGGGAUUUGAAUGUUUUCUUCUGACGAUGAUGUCUUAUGACCGCUACCUAGCCAUUUGUGCUCCGCUGCAUUAUGUCUCCAUUAUGAACCACGUGCUUUGCAUUAAAUUAGUUGUUGCGUCCUGGCUCUUAGGCUGCACCGUAGCACUGAUUCUCAUACAUGGCAUAAAUCAACUAUAUUUUUGCCAGUCAAAUACCAUUGACCAUUUUUUCUGUGAUUAUUACCCUCUGAUGGAACUUUCUUGCUCAGAUGUGUCUAUGGCUCGAAUAGAAGCCACCUUUAUGUGUAUUUUUGCAAUUGUCUUGCCAUUCUUUGUGAUACUAAUUUCAUAUGUGUAUAUUGUUUUAACCAUAUUAAAGAUAUCCACCUUUUCUAGAAGACUGAAAUCCUUUUCGACUUGUAGUUCCCACCUGACGGUGGUGUCUAUAUUUUACGGGACUUUAAUCGGCACGUACAUGAUUCCAAAUGAAGGACAAACGCAGAUCCUCAGUAAGACGGUGGCAUUGCUAUACACUGUGUUGACUCCUUUACUAAAUCCUUUCAUAUACAGUUUGAGGAAUAAUGACAUUAAGAAAGCUUUGAGAAAGUUCACAAAUAACCAAAAAGGCUUUUGA